GAGAAACUUUUGUCUUGGUAAUUGUGCCAUUGAAAUUACAUGUAGCUGCUGCAACGUCCAAUUUUCGUGCAUGUGCUCUCUUCAUUUACAUUUUGUCAGGGAUAAAAAUGUUACUAAAUACACGAUAGACGUAGGUUCAUUUACAGCAAAAAUUUUUGAACAGCGCGAGAACAUUGUUGAAACCACCGGAAAUAAAACAGGUUUUAACAAAGAGGAUACAGUGUAUAGCCCUCAAGUAGCGAUAAGUGUAGAUCAGCAGUCACAUGACGGUAGUAAGGAAGGGUUAGCGAUAAUUAGCGUGUCAGAUGCAAUUUCUACAGAGUCAACUCCAUGUAUAGAAAGCGAAGAUUCUUCAAAAGAAAUACAAGGAAAACUUGAAGGCACUAGUUAUGUAGAGUUAAACAGUCCGCAACAACUUGAAUAUGGUGAUAAUUAUAUGGAUGCUGAAGAAAGUGAUAAACAUGAUACAUCAAGGAAAGAUCUUCAUACUUUGCAGUUGAAUGCUGAUAUUGUUGACAAAAAUACAAUCUUAUGGGAUCACUGUUAUGUUGACAGACAAAUAGUUACAGAAGUAAAAUCCAAAAAGAAAAUUCAACGAGAUGAACCUGUUUUGAACAAAACUAAGGUGCCAUGUGAUGUAUGUGGUCGCAUGUACAAAAAACGUGACUUGAAGCAACAUAAGAGAAUACAUGCUGAGAAGAAAGAGUUUACAUGUGAAAUAUGUCAAAUGGUAUUCAGGACAGCAAGCUGUUUAUACGGUCAUAGAUUACAUCAUAACACUGAGAAAGGUCAUAUUUGUCAGUAUUGUGGUAAGCAGUUUAACAACAUGCCAAAUCUUCGUCAGCACAUCAGAUCACAUACAAGUGAGAGAACUUUACAGUGUCCACUUUGUCCAAAGAUGUUCAGAAGUAAUUAUGUACUGAAAGACCAUAUAUCAAGACAUUCUGGUGAGAAACCAUACAUCUGUUCAGUUUGCAAUCGCUCGUUUAAAAAGGCACAGGAAUUAAAGCGCCAUACCAUGACCUUUCAUUCGGAAGCACGUGAGCACGUCUGCAACAUUUGUCAGAGAAGGUUCAAGUCAAAAAGCAAUCGUGUAAAACAUGAGAAAACACAUGACAAGAAAGGAAAAUCUUAACAUAUUUUAAGCUUCAAGUCAUUUGAAUUUUCGCUCAUCUGAGCACAAGUGCUCAGAGGUGAGAUAUUGUGAUGGCAAGGUGUCUGUUGUUAAGCAUGAUCCACAAUUUUUUUCAACAACACAUCCUCCCACCUAAACCACAUGAUAGAUUUUGAACAAACUUCACAUCAAUGAUCCUUAUGUGGCCCUCUAAAAUUUGUUUAAAAUUGAAGCCAGUCUGAUGCAUAAGAAAGUCACUUAACCUAAAAAAGGCUUUAGAACUGUUUUUUUUUUAAAUCAUCUAGGAAACCACGUUUACCCCGAGCUUACAUAUUUCACAAGUGUAAUUGCCAUGUGAUCUUCUAAAAAAGAUAUAUAAAUCUUUGCCCAUGUAGUCAAUAUUGAACUUACCACACUGGUCACUUUUUUCAUGAAGACUUAUAAACAUGUACAUGCAGUUAAACACAAUUAAAAAAUUCUUGUGAGAAGAACUAAGAUAUUUGCCAUGUAGCAUUUCCUAACAAAAUCUACGUAACUUAAUGGUUAAUAAAUUAUUUAGCCUAGGUUGAAACACACAUCCAAUGAUUCCUUAUUACUCACUUUUGUAUUAAAGAAUUGUGACAUUAUCUGGCAAUCUGUGGUGAGGCCAUCAUGAACCUCCUGUUAAAUAACAACACCAGAAAACACUAUAAUAAAAGGUUUAUUCAUUGUUGGGUGCAUAUAUGUAAAAUGUGAAGCUGUUUCUUUUCUACACUUUUUCCAUCAAGUUUGAAAGUUUUAAAACAGAAAUAACUUUAUUGGAUGUUUUCUGCUACUUUGGUCUUUACUUGUUUCUCAUGAUAAUUUAGAAAGUCUUGAUCCUUUGACGCUAGAACUUCCUUAACAUUUGUGUUUCUUUUAUUAAAUACUGCGAACGUAUUUGCUGUUGCUAUUUACCCCAAAUAUCAGAUAUUUGAUUUCUUGUUUUUCUGUUCCAGUUUUCAGGCAUUUGUAGGUAAUAUACUUAGUGGUUUGGUUUUUUAUGUGUUAAAAAAACAAUUUGCGUAUUAUGCCCUGCAUGGCCACAUUCAUGGCAUUUGUCAGUGCUUUUUAGUCAUUAUUGCCAUUAUAUUAUGUCAAUGUGCUCUAUUUUAAGGUCCACAGAAUUAAGAAUAUGUGAGAGAAAAAACUGUGAGAAAAAAAACGGAGUUUUUUUUCCUGCUCUCCGUUGAUAUAGUAAAGGCUCAAGUAGAAUAGGGGACGCUCAACUUUUCUAUUACUGAAAGAAGUUCUUUCGCAAUGUUUUGGGGUGCUAAUCGUUUCCUUGUCUUGUUUUUUUAGCUCACCUGUCACAAAGUGACAGGGUGAGCUUUUGUGAUCGCUUUUCGUCCGGCGUCCGUCCGUCCGUCCGUCCGUCCGGCGUCCGUCGUCCGUCCGUAAACUUUUGCUUUAAAAGACAUCUCCUCAUAAACCACUGAGCCAAUUUCAUCCAAACUUCACAGGAAUGUUCCUUUGGUGGUCACCUUUAAAAAUUGUUCAAAGAAUUUAAUUCCAUGCAGAACUCUGGUUGCCAUGGCAACCGAAAGAAAAAUGUUUAAAUAUCUUUUUUUAAACAACCCUAAGAGUUAGAGCUUAGAUAUUUGGCAUGAAACAUCUUCUAAUGAGUGUCUACCAAGUUUGUUUAAAUAAAAGUCCUGGGGUCAAAAUUGGCCCCGCCCCGGGGGGUCAUUGAUUUUCCCUAUAUGCAUAUAGUAAAAACUUAAAAAAUCUUCUUUUAAAGAACUGUAAGAGCUAGAGCUAUGAUAUUUGGCAUGGAACAUCUUCUAGUGAGUGUCUACCAAGUUUGUUCAAAUAAAAGCCCUGGGGUCAAAAUUGGCCCCGCCCCAGGGGGUCAUUGAUUUUCCCUAUAUGCAUAUAGUAAACACUUAAAAAAUCUUCUUUUAAAGAACUG